AUGGAGAACAACAAAGUCAAUAUUAAUCUUCUUACCAAGGACAUUCGAAUCAUGGACAGAAAAUGUGACACCAAAACAGGGCGCUGGUCGAAUGUGAAAGAGAAUGGAGAUCUUGAAGGAAUGCACUACACUUGUGUCACUCCAGUGUUUGAUGAAACCACGGAUCUUAAUAGACACUGA